CGCACUGGAUUGGCGAAGACGAGGAGGAGUAGAGUAGAAGGAGGAGGAGGAGGAGGGAGAGGGAGAGCAGGAAGAGGAAGAGGAGGAGGAAGAUGAAGAUGAAGAUGGAGGAGGAACACUUUUGUCGUUGUUUUUGAUAGGGGAGGACGGAAUCGUGCACACAUGAGUUUUCAAGAGGAGCGAGGAGGGGACAUGCCCGAUCCCGAGCCUGAUGAUGAUGAGUGUUUGAGACGGCUUGUUGAGUGUUUCUUGAGAGCAAGAAGGGAGCAGGUGUUGGGGACGAUGCAUUAGAAAGAAAGAAGCCUAGCGAAGACGCAGGUUUGGCUUUUAGCUUUUAGCAUUUGGCUUAUGGAUUUUUGGCAUUUGGGCUUUUGUCAGUCACGGGCGUGUUGAUUGGCGAGGAUUUUUCGUGCUAAAGGAUCAAGUUGCUGCCACGGUGGGUUGCUGGAGGCGUGCCACAUGCUCCCAUACUCCGGGCAUUUACUGCACUUUGCAAGACAGGGCAGGGGAGGGCAAGGCAAGGCAAGGCAAGGCUAAGGCAAAGGCCAGGCCAGGACAGGUACGUCCUUGGGAUGGUGACGCCCAACUUGCCUUUUCCGGGUUGUCUUUAGUUGCCGCUGGCGUUGUGCAGUUAGUGCACGGGAGUGCAGAAGGGCUAGUCGCAGAUAGAGAAAGUACAGCAGCAGCAAAGCCGGAAAGUGAAAGCAGAAGACAAAGUACGGAAGGAAGGGUGGGAGCCGACCUUGGACUCGUCCCACCUCGUGGAGUUGGUGUCGCUGAGUGCUGACGGUGGUGGUGCUGGUGCUAGAGGUGGUCUUCAGCUUCACACUGGUCUAGCUAGCACUAUCACACACGCCCUGUCGGUCGGCGUGCCUUUGCUCAUAAUAUUUUCGUCUGGGGAUUUUUCCGUAGCCAUCUGAACUAGCAGGAGCUAUAUAGAGGACAUAUCUAUCUUCGCUCCGCUCUGCUUUUAAUGGGGUGCACCGCACCGGCCACCGAAGGCCGGGUUUUUGUCCUGCUUCCUCCCUCGCCCAGCUUUCCUGUCGUUCACCGUCGCGCUCCCCUUCUAAGGUGUACGACCCACAUUGUUAGACUUCGCUGAUGACCGCGAACCUCCAUUCCUCUCUCUUUCUCUCUCUCUGGCAUGGGAUUUUGUAUGACGCUUUGUUGUGACAGUUUUGAAGUGAUUCGUUUCGACUUCAGUGGUGCCUGUACAUCUCCUGGGGUGAGGCGAAUUGGUGGGUGUGGUUUUAUGAGAAGAAAAGGAGAAUUUCGGCGCACGGCAGGGUCACAGACCUGGCUUGAAACGACAUUGCAGGGAGAGUGUUGCUGUUACUUUACUGGAGUCAUCUACCGGAGUAUACCUUGUGAUCCAUUUGACGGUUGUGUCCAGAUUAGAGAAGAGAUCCGGAGAAUCGAGUCUCGGCCACCUUGCGGUCUGUGUUCAGAUGUAAUCUUUGCUUCGCUGGCGAAACGAGUCUUGGUGAAUUUUCAGCGAUUCCGCAGGACGAUGGCAGCUGGGUUGAGUGUAGCGUGAUCCGACCGCGGGAUAAACAAUGCAAGCCGACCACUUCUGGGAAGGAGUUGCGUUGCGUACAUGUCGUGCGUGAUGUUAGGUGUGCACUAGAUAAACCUGUACACCGUUUUCCCGUCUCUGGUGUUUUGCGAGGAGGACCCAAAGAAGGUUUCGACGAUGGACAUGCAAGUGGCCGCCGACUUUUCUGCGAUGACUUUGAACGAAUCACUUUGGGCAAACCAGGUGGAGUUGUACGCCGGAGACGGAAGAAAAGGGUCGAGAGGUCGGAGUGGAUCAGAGCUUUUAGACUGGAUCACUCUGCAGGGAACUUGUCCGAACGUUGUGUACAUGAAUGUAAACCCGGAUACGGCACAUGAUGAUCGUGUGGCAAGUAUUGUUUUGGCGGACUUCAGUUCCGCUCUGAAAAGUGUGGCCAGAUUGUGGGAACUUCGUCUGCAGGGUCUGCAUCAGUUCACACCCGUAAUGGGCAUUACAGCGGAUAAAAUGGAUUCAAUACUGAAGCCCGUGUUUCUUGAACACAUCAACUCGUUACUCGAUGAACACGGAAGAGAACUGAUUGCUCAGGAAGAGAAACUUUUGUUCGAAACUUCGCAGACGAAUGCGAAGUUGAAGAAGUUUCACAGUGAGGAAAAUUUUCGAGCUUUGAAGGCAGUUGUUAAAGAUUUAUCUUUUCGACACGAGCAGAUUAUUUUGAAACUUUCCGAGUUCCGAAAUGCAAUGGAAUGUCUGCGGACCAUAAUCACAUCUUUGGGAUCGGAAGACGAGGUUGCGCAAGAGAUUCCGGUGUUUGCGUUGAGGCCGGAUUGGACCUGGCCUCAGCUUCACUGCAUAAUCCAGAGGGAAUGUGACCGCUUACACGCCCAGUUACCUCUAUACGCCCGCCGCUCGGACAUCAUUUCUCUACUCAGUUCCAAUCAGGUCGUAGUUCUUGUCGGAGAGACGGGGUCGGGGAAGAGCACGCAGCUACUGCAGUACCUGUAUGAUGCAGGAUAUGCAGGAGGUGGGAGGUCGAUAGUGUGUACCCAGCCACGCAAAGUUGCUGCCUUGAAUCUUACACAACGGGUAAAGGAAGAGAGUGAUGGAUGCUACAAUCGCCCAUUCCCAGUGGGUUGUGUUACUGGCUCUAAUGCUCAAAGUUAUGCACAUUUAGCAGACACCAAUUUUACUACCGACUUUAUUCUGCUCCAGUUUUGCCUGAUAGACCCUCUCCUGUCAACUUUCAGCUGUGUGGUAGUGGACGAGGCUCAUGAACGCAGUCUGAACACAGACCUUCUAUUAGCUAUGCUAAAGAGUGCUCUUUCUCAGCGCCCUGAUCUGAAGGUUGUCAUCAUGUCAGCCACAGCGGAUGCAGAGUUGCUAUCUGCAUACUUCGGUUGUGGUGACAUUUUGCGCGUUCCAGGUAGAAAUUUUCCGGUGCAUGUGAUAUAUGAAGAAGGGGAACGUCCUGAAGAGUGGUAUGAUGAUUAUAUGAAGAGGGCCGUGAAAAAGGUCAAAUCUAUACACGAGAACGAACCAGAGGGCAAUAUCCUUGCAUUUCUUACAUCACCGGCAGAGGUGGAUUGGGCUUGCGGGCAGUUCUCCGAUCCCUCCGCCUUGGUGCUGCCGCUGCAUGGGAAGCUUCAAUACGAAGACCUCCGAAGGGUAUUCCAGGAAAAUGUUCCUGGAAGACGCAAAAUUGUUUUUGCUACCAAUUUUGCGGAGACAUCGUUGACCAUCCCGGAUGUCAAGUAUGUUGUUGACUGUGGUCUGGCGAAGGAAAGCACUUUUGAUCCGAAGAAAGGGAUGAACGUCCUGCAAGUGGGAAAAAUAGAUCAGAGCUCUGCUGUACAGAGAGCAGGUCGGGCAGGGCGCACUCAAGUGGGAGUUUGCUAUCGUUUGUACGGGGAAUCCGAGUUUGAGGGUUUUGCUUCUCACAGGCUGCCAGAAAUAAGACGUGUGCAUCUCGGGGUCGCCAUUCUCAAGCUUCUAGCUUUGGGUAUCAAGGAGAUAGAGAAUUUUGACUUUGUCGAGUCCCCUGACCCUCAAGCAAUUCACCUUGCGUUGCUUGUUCUGGACCAACUUGGAGCAGUGAAGCAGGAUCCUGGCACCGGAGAUCGUUACCUCACACGGUUGGGAUGGAAUUUGGUGAAGUUGGCUGUCGAACCCCGGCUCGGUAAAAUUCUUCUUGAUAGCAUACAACAAGGGUUUGGUCAAGAGGGGCUGGUUAUAGCGGCACUCAUGUCUAACAGUGGAAGUGUAUUUUACCGAUCUGGUUCGGAAGAGGUGAAAGAACGUGCAGACCGCCUCAAGAUGAGAUUUUGUCAUCCUCAUGGAGAACUUUUCACCCUCAUGUCGGUCUAUCAAGAAUGGGAGUCGCAGCCUGAUAGAUUGCGCAAUCAGUGGUGUUUGAGGAACUCCAUCAGCUCCAAAGCCAUGAAGAGGUGUCAAGAUCAGGUGAUGGAGAUGAGGAAUUGCUUGAGGUACGAGUUGAAGAUAAAUGUACCGUCGACAUCCAAGUGGUCACCAGCUCAGCCCAGAGAAUCCAGCACUCCUCUGCGAAAAAUCAUUUUUGAAGCCCUGGCGGGUAACUUGGCUGUCUUCACGGGGCAUGAUAGAUUAGGAUACACUGUUUUGUCUUCAGGCCAACAAGCUCUUUUGCAUCCAUCUUCCUCAAUUCUGGUUUUUGGUCUAACUCCGGACUUCGUUGUUUACGGAGAGAUUUUGCACACUUCGAACACUUUCUUGGAUUUGGUGACUGUGGUCGAACCAGAAUGGAUCCAGCCUCUUAGUUGGAGUUUACAGUACGACGUGGGCGCGUUAAAAGCUUCCAUCAUGAGACAGUGGGUCGUUCAGAUGACCAGCGGCAACUUUUUGAGCCGGGUUUCCGGCAAGCAAGGCCAAAAUCUGUCACUUUUGAAACAAGCAAUCCAAGAAAAGCAUCAUGAGCGAUGCAUGAUAGAUUUGAGUUACGAAAGUAACACCAUGUCCGUCUACACGACUCCAAAGCAAAUGGGAGUUGCUCAGAAGCUAGUUCAGAGAUUGAUAGAAAGGGAGAAGCGGUGGUUGGAACAUGAAGCUUUGGAAAAGCCGGUGGUUACAACAGGUACCAAAAAUCCCACGCCAGCAAUUCUGGUGGGUGCAGGGGCUGCUGUGAGGGAUGUUUUAAUGCCUGGAGAGUACGCCAGCGUAGAAAUUCUGUAUGAAGGUUCUUCGGGGUUGGAUGAGAAUGACGACGAACAGCUGCUGGAGAUUUUCGAUCUAUGUGGGGAAGGAUUAGCUGGAUUUGACAAACAAUGCCGCCGCUCUCCUAAAGACCAGGGACCGCAUAAAUGGGGAGUCGUUCGGUUUAGAUCUAGUGUCAUAGCACGGACGGCAGUGAAAGUCCUAAAUGGUCUAUCCUUAAAUAAAGGGAAGAUUCAACUGAUCGUGAGACCUCCUGACGAGUCGAGUACGAACAGCUUCAACAGAGUCCCGCUUCCUGCUGUCAAAGCGACCCUCGCCUGGGCCCGACGCAAGCGGAAAGGUUGGGCCACUGUGAGGUGUGAUCCCAAGGACACACCAACCUUGAUGGAGGCCGUCGUGAACAACCCCAGUAAAGGAGGAGUGUAUGUUCAUGUCAAACCCGAUCGCUCGAAAGAGAAUUCUAUUUUCUUGAUUGGACUAGAUCCAAAUGUAGACGAAGACUCGCUACAAGAAAUUCUGCUGAAAAUUUCGGGAUGCAGAAUACUUGAUUGUUACAUGCCAAGAAGUCCUGCACCGAUUUCUCAGCCCUCUGUCAAAGAGGUACAAGAGGAGAUUGUUCAGCUAAUCUCUGCGUUUGUCCCGACAGACAAGUUCCACGUGCUGGUUUUUGAGCCCAAAGAAAGAGAUUAUGUUGCCCGAGCUGAGAUUCGAUUUGACGAAAGUGUACACGAAGGAGCUACAGCUGCCUUGGGAACUCUUGAAGGAUUGGUUUUGUCGGGCUGCAAGCAGUGGCAAGCCAUAACUUGUCGGAGGAUGUUCUCCUCGCAGGUCCAUAUAUCGAGGUUGAUGUGUGGAGUGCUGAAACAGGACUUGGAAGAUCUAGUAACUGCUCUGCAAUUAAAACAUCGUGAUGCUAGAAUCAUCAUGUCUUCGAGGGAGUCAGGAGCCCAACGCGUUCAGGUGUCUGCCCCAAGCUUGGCUGUAGUUGCUGGGUGUAAAUGUUUAUUAGAAAAGCUUAUGGAAGGGCAGGCAGUCACAGGAGAGGACCUGGACGAAUCAGCUGUGAGGCUUCUCUUCACCAAGAGGGGUUCACAGAUUUCUAGAGCGGUAGAAGUAAAAACCAAAACUCUAGUGUUGUGUGAUAAGCGGACACAAGUAGCUAGGAUAUAUGGACCACCAGCAAAUAAAGCCAUAGCGUUGAAAGAAAUGGUUUCUAGGUUGAAAAAGCUUGACUCGAUCGUUAAGUCGCGGCAGAUCCCGCUCAGAGGGGAGGGAUUGCCACCAGGCUUAAUGAGGGAGGUUGUGAAAACCUUUGGCCUUGAUCUGCAAGGUUUAAGGAGUCUAGCCGGUGGUGACGUGAAGCUGAACAUCGACCAUCGGACUCAUCUACUGUCAGUUUACGGAGAAGAUGUGGACGCUGUAGUGAAAGUCCAGACGGCCGUGGCAGACAUGGCUCAAAGGUUAAUUUUGACGUCAUCUCAUACACGGCCUACCGGAGAUAUCGCCAGGCAAUGGAGGCAUGGUGCGGACGAAUGCUCCAUUUGCUUCUGUCCGAUGGAAGACAAGUAUAGCCUCGAGGCUUGUGGGCAUGGGUUUUGCCGGUCGUGCCUUCUCGACCAGAUCAAUGCAUCAAUACGUCAUAGAGAUGGAUUCCCACUCACAUGUGCUCAUGAUGGGUGCCAGCAACUCUUCGUGAUCGCAGACAUUACCAGACUCUUGACUUUUGAACAGCAAGAUGAACUUUACAGAGCCUCCUUGAGUGCGUUCGUCGCUCAACAUCCUCUGGCUUACAGAUAUUGUACCACUGCUGAUUGUCCUAAUGUUUAUCGUGUUACCACAACUGGCGAUCGGUUCGCAUGUGCAGCUUGUUCUCUUCAAAUCUGCACAGCUUGCCAUGUGGAGUAUCAUGAGGAUCUGUCGUGUGAGGAAUAUGAAAGAUAUAAGCUUGAUCCCGAUGAAUCUCUGCAAGCCUGGAGAGAAGGAAAGAUAGAUGUUAAGAACUGCCCCAGCUGCGGAAGUGUGAUAGAGAAAGUUGAUGGUUGUAACCACAUGGUUUGCCUUUGUGGUAACCACGUUUGUUGGGUGUGCUUGAAGGACUUUGUAGAUGCUAGUCAUUGCUACGACCAUUUGAGAUCGGCCCAUGACGGAUUCGACUUUAUUGUCGGUGGAGUAGAGUAGGCUAGAUAGGGAAAGCGGUAGACAAACAGAGUGUAAUUAUAGUUCGGAAGAGGUAAUAAACAUAGUAAUUUUUGG